AACCCCAGGGCUCCGAGUACUGUGUUACUUUCUUUUGAGGCACUGAAAUAGAGCAGUGACAGGCUUUAUACAAAUCUGCACAGGAUUAACUGGAUAGGGAAUCUAGCAAAGGCAGUAGCCAUGUUGUGCCAGUAUUUCAAGAAUAAGGACUUUGUUCUCUGCCUGGAAUUCAUGUAAAACCUGCACGGCAGUUCCAGUUUGCUGGUGUUCCAGUUUGCUGGCGGUUGCUGGCGGGGAUCCCAGUCGGUUUCUGUGCUGGAGACUGGGGGAAGGGAGAGUAAGAGGAAAAGGAGCAAGUCCCAGCCGGCUUCCUCCCACGCGUCUUAGAGGAUCAGGACUGCUCAGCACACCAAGGAGCAAGAGGGAUUUCAGAGCAAGAAGAAUAAUUGAGACGAGGCUAAGGAAACUGGACAAGCCCUAGGGCCCAGUACUGCGUUCAUGACACUCCUAGUGAUGUCAGUAAGAGCUCUGCUUUCAGAAGGAAUCAGCCUCUAACACAAAAAGCUUCCCUAAGGGGCUGUACAAAGUCUCUGUCUACGUACCAAUGUGCCUGCUGGGACCAGUUGGCUGUGCUGCAUGAACUUGGGGGGAGAAAGCAGAAGGCUGCAGAGCUGUCGUACCAGCUUGGAAAGCUUAUCAAGGCGCAAAGGAAAUCAAGAAUUUAUGUGACCAACUAUGUACCUGUUUCACACAAGGGGAAACCAUGAAGUUUACCAGGGAAAACAAUGGAGCUGCCUAAAUAUUUGGCUAAUUUUAUGCUUGUUUCCAAGAACCUGUGUAUCAAAUCCUUCAAAACCCAAUUUUUUACUGAUACUGGCUGAUGAUCUUGGUAUUGGAGAUGUGGGUUGCUAUGGCAAUGAUACAAUAAGGACCCCUAACAUUGAUGGCCUUGCAAGGGAUGGAGUGAGACUUACUCAGCACAUUGCUGCAGCUGCUGUCUGUACUCCAAGCAGAGCAGCUUUCCUGACUGGCAGAUACCCCAUCAGAUCAGGCAUGGCAUCUGGCACUCAACGGCAGGUUCUUUUUUGGAACGGGUGUUCUGGUGGGCUCCCACCAAAUGAAACUACUUUCGCCAGAAUACUGCAGCAGCAAGGUUAUUCUACAGCACUUGUAGGGAAGUGGCAUAUGGGUGUGAACUGCAAAUCCCGCCAUGAUCACUGCCACCAUCCUUUAAAUCAUGGCUUUGAUUAUUUUUACGGCAUGCCUUUUACCCUUUUGAAUGAGUGUCAAGGCACAGAUGACCCUGAACUGGCCAAGUCUUUGCAAGAUACAUAUUGGCUUUACACACAGGUGACCAUCCUUGCUGUGCUUACUCUUUUGAUUGGAAAACUUACCAAUUUAUUCUCAGUAAAAUGGAAAAUAAUCAUAUGUCUGGCCAUCUGUGGUCUCCUGUAUUUCAUCUCCUGGUUCUCCAGCUAUGGCUUCACCAAGUACUGGAACUGUAUCUUGAUGAGAAACCAUGGUAUCACUGAACAACCAAUGAAUCUAGAAAAAACUACUUCUAAUAUGCUGAAGGAGGCAGUUUCAUUCAUUGAAAGAAACAAGCAUAGGCCAUUUCUUCUCUUUGUUUCCCUUUUACAUGUUCACACCCCUCUCAUUACCACAGAGAAGUUUCAGGGAAGAAGCAGACAUGGCCUGUAUGGAGAUAAUGUAGAGGAAAUGGACUGGAUGGUGGGCAGGCUUCUGGAUGUUAUUGACAAAGAAGGCUUGAAGAAUAACACAUUCAUUUAUUUUGCAUCUGAUCACGGAGGAUCCUUAGAGGCUCACAGAGGAAAUGCUCAGUUGGGUGGAUGGAAUGGGAUCUAUAAAGGUGGAAAAGGAAUGGGAGGCUGGGAAGGAGGGAUCCGUGUCCCAGGAAUAGUUAGAUGGCCAGGAAUGUUGCCUGCAGGGACAGUUAUCAAUGAACUGACAAGCCUUAUGGAUGUUUUCCCAACAGUGGUUCACCUGGCUGGAGGGGCAGUGCCUCAGGACAGGGUAAUCGACGGGCGCACCUUGCUGCCUUUGCUGCAGGGGACAGUUCAGCACUCCGGGCACGAGUUCAUGUUUCACUACUGCGGUGUGUUUCUGCAUGCAGUGCGGUGGCACCAAAAGGACAGUGGCACCGUGUGGAAAGCUCAUUAUGCUACUCCGGUAUUCCAACCAGAAGCCUCUGGGGCCUGUUUUGGAAGAGGAAUUUGCCCAUGUUUUGGGGAUGGUGUAACCCAUCAUGACCCUCCGCUGCUGUUUGAUCUCUCACAAGAUCCUUCUGAGGCAAAUCCUCUAUCAGCCGACACUGAGCCCUUGUUUGACACUGUAACAAGGAGAAUAGGAAAAGCUGUGGAAGAGCAUCGCAAGACGCUGGCUCCAGUCCCACAACAGCUGUCUCCUUACAAUAAUAUAUGGAAGCCGUGGCUGCAGCCAUGCUGUGGCACAUUCCCGUUCUGUUGGUGUGAUGAAGAAAACAACAAAGUACAUGGCAUGCUUUAAUACCAAAAUCAAAGUACAGUUAGCUUUAAAACAGCUAAUAGUUUUCACAUUCACGUGACUACAGUCAUAGAGAUAUGGGUCAAAUUACACUGGAAUAACUGAAAGGGCCAUGAUUGAUGCUUUUUAUUCAAACUUUUUUCUUACCUGCAGAAAUUCAAUAAGCCUCUAGUUAAAAAAAAAAAAAAAAAAAAAACCUGCUCCAAACAUAUUCCACCUAUGGGUCACCUCUAUAAUCUAUCCCUCAAGUGCAUAAUUCUGGAUCAAAUACACAAAUAAAUGAAACAAAAUUUUUCCUUACUGAUAUUCAAGUAAAUUAUGAAUGAUAAGAAAGCAAACUUUAAUUGCAGCUGUUUGUAUGGAUAAUAUGCUCGUUAAGGCAAUAGGACUGAGCCCAAGAGGGGAUCUCCAUUCAGGCCUUAUCUUUUUAAUGAAAAAAACCUGUCCUGUAUUUAAAAACACAACUGCACAUUUAAUUUGGAAACAUACCAAAACACAUUGGCCUCUAAGAAAUAAACACCUAUUAAUUUACAGCAAUUUUUUCCCUCAUCUGUACAUUCAUUUAUCUGUCAUGUAAGAAUUCCCAGGAGAAACUGAACUGACGAGUAUGUUUUAAAAAUUAAGUAGCUAAAGUUAUCAUCUCAAGUUCAGCAGCAAAGUAUCUAGCUAUUCUGAAAUGCUAAACCGCAGCAAUUCCUACUGACGUACAUUUUCUACAUUGUCAUCUCACUUGCGAGGGCAUUGAAAAUCAUCACCCAGCUGCCUUGACAAGAUAGGUCCCAAAUUUCAUGAUCUGCGAGACCAAUUCCUAAGCUGCAUGUCCCCACUUGAGUGUUAAUGCUCCUGAUCUCAAAAGAGUCCUAUUAUGCCCUACGAAAAAUGUGCGCUUUUUUUGUGAGACAGCACUUUGUUUUUAGUAGGAAGUGUUAAAAAAUUCACUGCACACACUAAUCACUUCAGCGUACAGGUCAUCUUCCCCAAGCCAAGGAAGUGUCAGCACUCUGUACAGUCAUUAGGGAAGGGGAGGGAAUUAAAAUAUCUAAUCCUCUCUUGCUGCCCUCAGGUUAAAUAAAUUCAUCUCUCAAUAUAUAAUCCUAA